AUGGUGUUUGGAGCUGGUCCUAUUGGACUCCUGUGCUGUGCUGUUGCGAGGACGUUUGGAGCUACUACUAUUGUCGCGGUUGAUAUUUUGCAAUCGCGGCUCAACUUGGCUCAGAAGACUUUCGGCGCGACUCAUACGGUUGUGGCUGGGGCAGCACCGAGCAAAGAGAACGCUGCGCGGAUAAUCAAGGAAGCCAACCUGGGAACAGGUGCCGACGUGGCUAUCGAUGCGAGCGGUGCUGAGCCGAGCAUUCAAACAGGCAUUCACGUGUUGCGAUCUGGUGGCACCUACGUCCAAGGAGGAAAUGGUAAAUACGACAUCAAUUUCCCCAUCGGUGCCAUUACCGAGAAGGAAUUGACGGUCAAGGGCAACUUUCGGUUGACUUGA